UCCCACUGUUCCAAACAAGACGCCUGAACUCCUCAGGACUUGGAGCGUCUCUUUUACACGAGUCUGACUUUUCUCCACAGACAGCGCCGGGCCAACAUGAGGGUCUGCUGGACUUUGCUGGGAUGUGUGGCAGCGCUGACUGUUUGGGUCUCCACUGCAGAUGCCAAGGAGUUAUCCAUCACCACCAUCGAGGACGAGCCGUACGUCAUGACCAAAGGUUCUGUACGUGAAGGCUACUGCAUCGACCUGAUCUCAGAGCUCUCCAGAAAGUUGGGCUUCAGGUACAAGGUGCACGUGGUGAAGGACAGCAGAUACGGAGCCAUGGACUCCAGUGGCAACUGGAACGGUAUGAUUGGAGAGGUGAUCAGAGGGGAAGCUGACUUGGCUGUGGCCCCGCUGACCAUGACCGCCGCAAGAGAGCAGGUUGUGGACAUGACCACACCUUUUAUCCAAACCGGUAUCGGCUUCGUUUUACGUAAAAGCGCUGAAUCGGAGGACAGCACCUUCAGCGUGCUGUCCCCGUUCUCAACCGACGCCUGGAUCGGCGUUCUCAUCGCGUUCCUGCUGACCAGUCUCUGUAUGUUCCUGGUGGGCAGGAUCAGCCCGACUGAGUGGGUCGAGCCAGAAAAGGACGAGCGCAGCUUCACUUUGCUGCACAGCUUCUGGUACACCACCGGAGCGCUCACCCUGCAAGGUGCAGGUCCUCAUCCCAAAGCCCUGUCCGGACGUGUUGUCAGCGCCAUCUGGUGGAUGUUUGCUGUCCUGCUGCUCGCCUGCUACUUUGCCAACUUUAAUUCGGUGCUGCAGUCUGAGCACAAACACAUCUCCAUCUCGAGCUUCGAGGACCUGGCCAACCAGGACGUGAUCAAUUACGGCACGCUCCAGUCUGGAUCCACCAUGCUCUUCUUCAAGAACUCCAACAACCCCGUGUACCGGCGCCUCUACCAGCACAUGGAGCGGAAGAAGAGCUUCGUGCCCUCCAUGUCCGAGGGCAUCCGGCGCGUCCAGGAGGGAAACUUCGCCUUCAUCGGUGAAGCCGUGUCCUUGGACCUGGCGGUGGCUCGUCACUGCGAGCUGACCCGCGCUCCCGAAACCAUCUCCAUGAGGUCCUACAGCAUCGCAGCACCUCUGG